UUAACUCAUACCAAAAACUGCCACAAGGGUUUUUUCUAGAACAACUAGCAUGAGUGCUUUAGAUAAUGCUAACCCAUAUGGGUCUGAGUCUGACUCUGAGUCAGACAAAAAACCAAGAAGCUCCUCUGUGUUAAAGCUAUUUGGGUUUCCUGUAACGGGCUGUGACGAUGUGCCCGCAACAGAACCAUGUGAUAGCAAGAAUAAGAGAGCUUUUGAGUGCCAGUAUUGUCACCGAGAGUUCUCAAAUUCUCAAGCACUUGGUGGCCAUCAAAACGCGCAUAAGAGAGAACGUGAACGAGCCAAGCGGGCCCAAUUUCCAAAUGAUCAUGAUCAUCAUCAGCGGUUUGUAGCUGUUCCAAUUAUCGUUGCCCAUGCAGGAAGAUCAGGACCGUUCGUUUCCUCAAGUAGUUGUGGGUCACCAAGCUUUGUUGGACCUGUUGGUGUGGCUCGGUUCCCAGCAGUGAACCCUUAUCAUAUGUACGUUGGACGGCCGCGUGAGCUUCCUGUUGUGGGCCCAGCUGAUCUGGGCCGUAGGAAAGCCUUGUCAAUGACAGAAGAAGUGAAAGGAGGAGAUGAACUUGAUCUCCACUUAAGAUUGGCACCCUCCAACACCAUGUGAUAUUUAUUAUCUCGAUUAUGUUUUAAUUAAUUAAGCAAGGUCUUUCUUUGUUCAGCCCAAAAA